AGGUAAAAGGCGGGAGAGGAAAAUUUUUUUUCCUCGUUCCGGUCUCGUCUCUCGGGCGGUCGGGGGGUUGGUUGCUGUCUGCAGUCCCUGGAUUAGGGUUUUAUUCUACCUAAGGAACAAGACGAGAGGUAGGGGGUUGCUGUCAGGUGCUUUUCCGGCGACGGGAGGAUGGGAGUUCCGGCGUUCUAUCGGUGGCUGGCGGAGAAGUACCCCAUGGUAGUGGUGGACGUCAUUGAGGAGGAAGCUGUGGAGAUCAAUGGCGUCAAGAUCCCUGUCGACACCAGCAAGCCCAACCCUAACAAGAUUGAGUUCGACAACCUCUACCUCGACAUGAACGGCAUCAUUCACCCGUGCUUCCACCCCGAGGACAGGCCUUCUCCAACUACAUUUGAUGAGGUCUUCCAGUGCAUGUUUGACUAUAUAGAUCGACUGUUCGUGAUGGUACGCCCAAGGAAGCUUUUAUAUAUGGCGAUUGAUGGCGUGGCACCAAGAGCUAAGAUGAACCAGCAAAGGUCAAGGCGGUUUAGGGCUGCCAAGGAUGCUGCUGAAGCGGCGGCAGAAGAAGAGCGCCUAAGACAAGAGUUUGAGAAGGAGGGAAGGUUGCUUCCUCCAAAAGAGCAAUCUCAAACUUGUGAUUCUAAUGUAAUUACCCCUGGAACCGAAUUUAUGGGUGUUCUCUCCACGGCCUUGCAGUAUUACAUUCACUUGCGAUUGAACUAUGAUCCAGGAUGGAGGAACAUUAAGGUAAUCCUAUCUGAUGCAAAUGUUCCUGGUGAAGGAGAGCACAAAAUCAUGUCGUACAUACGUCUUCAGAGAAACCUGCAAGGCUAUGAUCCAAAUACACGCCAUUGCUUAUAUGGCUUGGAUGCUGAUCUAAUUAUGUUGGCUUUAGCUACGCAUGAAGUUCAUUUCUCAAUCCUAAGGGAGAUUGUUUUUACCCCUGGGCAGCAAGACAAAUGCUUUUUGUGUGGUCAGAUGGGCCAUUUAGCAGCUGAUUGCCAAGGUAAAGAGAAGAGAAAGUUUGGAGAAUUUGAUGAAAAGAGUGCAGAAGCAUCUGUCGCAAAAAAGCCUUAUCAGUUUCUGAACAUUUGGACACUACGUGAAUACUUGGAAUAUGAAUUCAGAAUCCCCAAUGUUCCUUUUAAGAUUGACUUUGAACGCAUAGUGGAUGAUUUCAUAUUUAUGUGUUUCUUUGUUGGCAAUGAUUUUCUUCCACAUAUGCCCACUCUAGAAAUUCGAGAGGGAGCAAUCAACUUGCUCAUGGCCGUGUACAAAAAGGAGUUGAGGGCAAUGGGUGGAUAUUUGACCGACUCCAGUGAGCCAAACUUGAAGAGGGUUGAACACUUUAUUCAGGCAGUGGGAUCAUAUGAAGAUCAAAUUUUUCAGAAACGAUCUCGGCUUCAUCAGCGUCAGACGGAGAGAAUUAAGCGUGAGAAGGCUCAGUCUAGGCGGGGAGAUGAUGUGGAACCGCAAGUUUGCCCUGAUUCUUUAGUUCCAGUGGCUCGUUUUCAAGGAUCCCGGCUUGCUUCAGCUCCUGUAGCUUCUCCAUAUCAGAAUAUAGGAUCUGCCAACAAGUUUGCAAAUAUCAAGAAGCAGUAUGAACUUCGUCAUACGACUGAUGGGAUGUCAUCUCUAAAAAUAGAUACGGAGCAAUAUGGAACAUCAUCUGAAAAGAGGGCUUCUGUUCGAGCCCAAAAAGUUGCCCGUGUUGCAGUACAGGGGGCUAGUGUUGGUGCGGCUAUUGUUGCAGCUGAAAACAAUCUCGAGAUGGAAACUCGGGAAAACAAAGAAGAGCUGAAAGCUAAACUCAAGGAUGUGCUUCGGGAGAAGUCUGAUGUUUUCAACUCUGGAAGUCCAGAGGAAGACAAGAUUAAGCUUGGUGAGCCUGGGUGGAAGGAGCGGUACUAUGAGGAGAAGUUCUCUGCAAAAACACCCGAAGAACUUGAAAAUAUAAGAAGAGAUGUUGUUUUGAGAUAUACAGAAGGUUUAUGCUGGGUUAUGCAUUACUACUAUGAAGGAGUGUGCUCAUGGAAAUGGUUUUAUCCUUAUCACUAUGCACCGUUUGCUUCUGAUAUCAAGGGUUUGGAUGAGUUAAAUAUAAACUUUCAACUCGGUUCUCCCUUCAAACCUUUUAAUCAGCUAAUGGGUGUAUUUCCUGCUGCCAGUUCGCAUGCACUCCCAGAGCAAUAUAGGCGCUUGAUGAUGGAUCCUAACUCACCUAUUAUUGAUUUUUAUCCAACUGAUUUUGAAGUAGACAUGAAUGGCAAACGCUAUUCCUGGCAGGGUGUGGCUAAGCUACCUUUUAUUGAUGAAGGACGACUGCUUGGAGAGAUUAGCAAGAUUGAGCAUACUUUAACAGAAGAGGAAGCACGGAGGAACAGUGUAAUGUUUGACAUGUUGUUUCUGACUGUUAGUCAUCCUUUGGCCCCUUAUAUAUUUUCCCUAUAUGAUCGCUUCAACCAAUGCUCCGCUAAGGAACGGUCAGAAGUGAAAGAACAAAUUGAUCCACAAGCCAGUGGUGGGAUGAAUGGCUAUUUAUCUCCAUGUAAUGGAGAUGCAUGCCCCCCAAUCUUUAGUUCCCCGGUCGAAGGAUUGGAGGACAUCACACAAAAUCAAGUGUUAUCUGCUAUCUACAAGCUGCCAGAUGCACACAAGCACAUUACCAAGCCACCUGAGGGUGUGAUUAUGCCUCCAAAGAUUGUCACAGUCGGGGACUUGAGGCCAGCACCUGUCCUUUGGCACGAAGACAAUGGAAGGAGAUACGACAAUGGAAGGCACAAUCCUCCUGGAGCAAUUUCUGGUAAACAGCUUGGAGAUGCAGCUCAUCGACUUGUGGUUAAUAGCUUACAAAUGAAACACGAGCGUCAUGGGCAGAUGCCAUAUACUGAUGGUGGUUUGAUUGGCAGUUCGUCUUCCCCAUACCAAAAUGGCAGAUACCAUAGUCAAAACCAAAGGCCACGGAAUGGGUACAUUAAUCGUGAAGAAAGAUUUGUAGCCUCUGCUGCUCAGAUGCAUCCAAGCCAUGCUUAUAACCAGGGUUAUGUUGAUCAAUCACAAGCGUAUGUGAGGUCACACUGGCAGGCUCAACCCGCUCAACCAUACCAUCCUCCAUAUCAGAAUGGUGUUACCAGCAACACCUUAUGGUGCAGUGCCUGUGCAGCGACCAUUUGCUCCACAGUAUAUGCCACCUCAAGGAUAUGGGGGCUAUGGAAGUUAUGGACCAGUAGUAGCACCACCACCGAGUCAGUGGGGACAUUAUGAGGAACCCCCAGUCGUGGCACUGCUUCCCGUCAAUCAGGUGUCAACAGAGGCCCUGCCAACGUGCAAUCUGUGUCCAACAGGUAUUCAUCUUUGGAUAGGAGUAGCAGCAGAAGAUAUCCACAAGGCAGAUAUUAGUCUUUUGCUGAUGCUCGCAGUGGAGUUCCUCCAUAGUUACAGGCUGAGUUUCCUAUAACCUAAGAUGGUUGUAUAGUAGCUAAUUUGAAUAAUCGCAGUUUUCAGAUGCAUUCUUUUAUUAUAUUGUUUGAAGAAUUAGGUGAAUAGGGCAUAAGCCGGAAUUUGCUGUUGAGAUAUGAUCGAGCCCGAGAGGCCAUUGUAUCAUAAUGACAUGGAAUUCUCGUUUAUAUUGAAAAUUGUAGAGUAGAGAAAAUGAAAUGGAAGAACAGAUGCAUCGUUGACGCCCUC